CGCGAAUACCAAUUUAAAUUCAAAUGCGGACUGCGACUUGGAGCUGCAAUGACAUCGGAUGUCCAGUGAUUUGCAUUCGGUGAUGGCAACGGCAAUGGCAAUGGCGAUGGCUAUGGCGACGAUAUAAUCGACUUGGCCGGAUAGUUUUCGAUACCGCAGGAGGCCAGGGAAUCCACAACAGCUGACAACUCAAAGCAAACAAAUAUAUGGACGGGCGAGGCUUUGAUUGACAUUUCAAUUAAAUAACAGCCCAACUCGCUGUCGCUGGCGGGGAUGUUCCGGGUGCAGAAAGUUUUGCUCGCCGAGUACGAGGAGAUCUACGAGCCGGUGCUGGUGGAGAAUCCCUUCACCCUGGUGGACAUCAGGGGCGUGGGACUGCGCCAGUACCAUAUAGGCCUUACCUGCAACCGCCUGAUCUUCGGCUGCGACAACUUCGCCAAGUACGGCGAUGAGCCGGGCUUCCUGAGCCACGGACUGGAUCCGGAGAUCGAGAGCUUCGAGCUGGUCAGCAUGCUGCCGCUGCAGCUCAUCCGGUUCCACUUCUUCCGCAAGGCAACGCGCUGCCUCAUGAUGCUGAACAUUGUCCAGCCGCUGGGCAAACCCCUGGCCGUUCAGGAGCAACCGAUGAUUUUCGAGUUCGGCGGCUUUCUCUUCAAGCAGCACUUCUGGCACACGUGGCGCGAGCGGGUGGCCACCAUCCGGGUGAUGCAGCCGCUCUACGGUCAUAUAACCGGCGCCUCGCCCUUCUCCAGCACCGACGUCCAGCUGGACGAGGAGACCAUAGCUGUCCAGGUGCAUCCUGCGCCCAGAUCCCCCUCCGUCUACAGUGCCUGCCAUGCGGGAGCAGGCGAUUUCGGUUAGCCAUUCUCGAGCGGAUCUUGAGCCACUUUCCAUUUUCUAAUAACAGAUUGCGCCUCUAGGUUCGAUUUGCCUGCUAGGCAUUUCCAUUUAGUCAGCUGCCUAUUUAUUUAUUUAUAUUAAAAGCAGGACGCUCUUCCCACCUUAA